GAGCGCUAAAAUGCGAACAUAUUAGAACAAGUUUCUACGGCAACCGAAAUUCUGCAGGCUGUGUUCAAAAUGGCGGAUAAAACAGCACCCGAGUGUCGGCUUCGCUUGGAGUGGGUUUAUGGCUAUCGUGGUCAUCAUUGUCGAAACAAUCUUUAUUAUACAGCUAAUAAAGAUAUAGUAUAUUUCGUUGCCGGUGUUGGAAUAGUAUACAGUAUUCGUGAUCACAAGCAGCGUUUUUUUCUCGGGCACAAUGAUGACAUAGUCAGCUUGGCGUUACACCCAGACAGAACUCUAGUUGCAACAGGUCAGAUAGGUGAAGCCCCAUAUAUUUGUGUAUGGGACUCAGUAACAACUGACACAGUGUCAAUUCUGAAGAAUGGGCACAAGGAUGGUAUAGCUUCACUUGGAUUUAACAAAGAAGGCAAUCUCUUGGUUUCUGUUGGCUUGGACCCAGGAUCAACAAUUAUUGUUUGGAGCUGGCAGAAAGGAAACAUUAUCUCUACAGUCAAAGCAGAUGUUGAAAAGGUUUUUGACAUUCAGUUUAACCCUUUCAAACCCAAUACAAUAGUUUCAGUUGGAGUCAAGCAUAUAGUUUUCUGGUCACUUUGUGGCAAUGCUCUUACUCCUGCUAAAGGAGUUUUUGGAAAGGCAGGGGAGAUACAGACUAUGCUCUGUCUAGCAUUUGGGAAAGAGAGUGUAACAUUCUCAGGGACACUUAGCGGAGAUGUGUACAUAUGGAAAGACACCAAUCUUGAUAGGGUUGUAUCAGCAGCGCACAAUGGACCUAUUUACACAUUUGACAUGACCGGAGAAGGUUUUGCCACUGGAGGUAAAGAUGGAACAGUCAAACUGUGGGAUAUAGAUUUCAAACCUAUAUCAACCGUGAACAUUGCAAGCUCCAGUGUUGGCUAUUCUGGGACACCAAACACUGGAUUGGUAAUCAGGUCUGUUUGUUGGAGAGGAGAUCAGCUUCUGAUUGGCACACAAGACGGAGAAAUAUUUGAAGUGCUGGUCAAAAAUAAAGAUAAGCCAAAGUGUCUAGUUCAAGGUCAUGCUGAAGGGGAAUUAUGGGCCCUUGCUGUUCACCCCAAAAAGCCGAUUUUUGUUACUGGCAGUGAUGACCAAACUAUCAGGUUAUGGAACAUGACUAAUUUUGAACUUCUGUCAAAGACUGCACUAGAACAAAAGAUAAGAGCCUGCGCUUUUGAUCCAGAGGGUCAAAAUAUUGCACUUGGCUUAAGUGAUGGUUCAUUUACUGUCUUGCGUGCGAGAGAUUUGUCCGAACUUAUCCACAUCAAGGACAGAAAGGAAGUAUGCCAUGAGAUUAAGUUUUCACCCUGCGGCAAGUUUCUAGCUGUUGGUUCCAAUGAUAACUUUGUUGAUGUUUACUCUGUGGAGCAGCGGUACAAAAGACUUGGUACAUGUGCUGGCAGCACUGGUUUCAUAACACACGUUGAUUGGUCACAAGACAGUAAAUACAUGCAUGUCAAUAACGGCAAAGGGGAAAGACUAGUUUUUAAAAUACCAACUUUCAAACAAGUCACUAGUGAAGAGGAAUUAACCACCAUUCACUGGGCCACAUUCACUGGAGUUAUUGGUCCUGAGGUGUCAGGAAUAUGGGGAAAGUAUGCUGACACCAAUGAUGUCAAUGCAGCUGAUGCAUUUUUUGAAGGUGGUGUAGUUGUCACAGGAGAUGAUUUUGGUUUGGUCAAAAUGUUCAAGUUUCCAUCACUAAAGAAAGGUGCUAAGUUCCGCAAGUAUGUGGGUCACAGUGCCCAUGUCACAAAUGUCAGAUUUUCCAAUGACCACCAGAGAGUUAUCUCAACAGGAGGAGCUGACCAUUCCAUCUUUCAGUGGAGGUUUUUGUCUCAGGGAGAUGGGGAUGAUGACCUGCCUGACCAUGGCAAUGCCUAUGUAGACUCCAACAGUGAGGAUAGUGACUCUGAUCUGUCUGAUGUUGCCUCUGUUGACUCUGAUGUUGAAAAAGAGAAACAGGUGGGCUAUGAUAGGCCAGUGUACAAAGAAGACUUGAAAAACAUAAAAAAACUAGUGCAUGCCAACUUGCCACCAGGAGCCAAGCGUAAAAAUGGACCUACUGAAAGUCUCAAGCUAGAAUAUGUUCAUGGCUACAGGGGUUAUGACUGCCGUAAGAAUCUGUUUUACACACAGACUGGAGAGAUUCUGUAUCAUGUUGCUGCCACUGGCAUUGUUCUAAACAGAGAAACCAACAAGCAGAGAUUUUAUACUGAGCACACGGAUGAUAUUUUGUGCCUUUGUAUUCAUCCCUUGAAGGACAUAGUAGCCACAGGCCAGGUUGGCCGAGAUCCUGUUAUACACAUUUGGGAUACAGAAACUCUCAAGACUGGAUCCAUCCUCAAGGGACAGCAUCAGAGAGGCAUUUGUGCCCUUGACUUUUCUGUUGAUGGCAAGAAGCUGGCUUCAGUAGGUCUUGAUGACAACCACACCAUUGUAGUCUGGGACUGGAAGAAAGGAGAGAAGUUAGCCACCGCAAGAGGUCAUAAAGAUAAAAUAUUUGUCAUCAAAUGGAAUCCAUUCAACCAUGACAAACUGGUGACUGUUGGAGUGAAACACAUCAAAUUUUGGGUUCAGACAGGUGGAGGCUUCACAUCCAACAGGGGCACACUGGGCCAGGUAGCCAAACUGUGUGACAUGAUGUGUGUUUCCUAUGGCAAAGCUGAGGACAUUUGCUUCUCGGGUGGCAGCGAUGGUCAAAUUUUUAUCUGGCAAGGUGUCACUUUGCAGAAAGCAGUGAAAGCUCAUGAAGGACCGGUGUUUGCAAUGCAUUCUUUAGAUAAAGGCUUUGUGACAGGAGGUAAAGAUGGUGUUGUCGGGCUCUGGGAUGACCAGUUUGAGCGCAGCCUUAAAACAUAUGCCAUCAAGCGAGCAUCAUUUACACAAGGCUCUGUAGGUGUGCUUGUCCAGGAGUCUCCUACCAUUAGGGCCAUUGUAUUGGGUCAUGGCAAGAUUUUGGUCGGGACUAAGAAUGGUGAAAUACUGGAAAUUGACAAAGCUGGUCCCAUGACAAUGUUGGUUCAGGGUCACAUGGAAGGUGAAGUCUGGGGGUUAGCUGUUCACCCGAGUAAAACCGCGUUUGCCACUGUAAGCGAUGAUAAAACACUUCGGAUUUGGGAGUAUGGCUCGGCCAACAAAAUGGUCAACUUCAAGGAACUCAAACAAGCAGCUCGUUGUGUGGCCUUCUCUCCAGAUGGAAAGGUUUUGGCAGUCGGACAGAAAGAUGGUAGCUUUGUUGUCAUUAAUGCUGAAACCAUGGAAGAAAUGAUUUCACAGCAUCACCGGAAAGAGGAAAUUUGUGACAUUCGUUUUUCUCCAGAUCCAGGAAAAUAUUUAGCAGUUGCCUCCCAUGACAAUUUUGUGGACAUUUACAGUGUUCUAAAAACAACAAGAGUAGGGACAUGCAAAGGAGCUUCAAGUUACAUAACUCACAUUGACUGGGAUCUUAGAGGAAAAGUUCUAAUGGUGAACACUGGAGCCAAAGAGCAACUGUUCUUUGAGGCACCACGGGGAAAGCGUAUCACCCUGCGUAACACAGAGAUUGAGAAAUUUGGCUGGGCCAGUUGGACAUGUGUUCUGGGCUCUACCUGUGAAGGGAUCUGGCCACCCAAGUGUGAUGUCACUGAUGUUAAUGCAGCCUCACUGGCCAAUGGUCAUCUCUUGGCCACUGCAGAUGACUUUGGUUUUGUCAAGUUAUUUGAAUAUCCAGUGACCGGUAAAUUUGCCAAGUUUAAGAAAUAUUUAGGACACAGUGCACAUGUCACUAAUGUCAGAUGGACUCAUGACAACCAGAAACUUGUGUCAGUAGGUGGUGCUGAUACUGCUGUCAUGAUCUGGAGACGAGAAGGUGGUCAAAAUGACAGGGGCUUAAGCGAUGACUCCGACACAGAUGACGAAGAAGAAGGCUAUGACAGUGAUGUGGAAAGAGAAAAGAAAAUAGAUUACACAACAAAGAUCUAUGCUAACCCUGUGCGAGAGAAAGAAGGAGUGAAACCACACUUACAACAAGAGAAGGAAGAAAUGAAACCAGUGGUCAGCAGAAAUGCUCCAGAACCACCAAAAGUACAAGUGGGUGAGCCUCCAUCUGCAGCUGGUGGCAAGAAGAGAAAAAUCACUCAAGUCACUGAUCUGCAGUUAGAGUAUAUUCAUGGCUACAGAGGUUUUGAUGCCCGGAGUAACUUGUUUUAUGUGAAUGAUGGAGCAGACAUUGUUUUCCAUGCGGCUGGUACUGGCAUAGUACAGAAUUUAGCAACAAGUACCCAAAGCUUUUACUUAAAACACACUGAUGACAUCAUCUGCUUGGAUGUCAACCAGCAUCCAAAGUUGAAGAAUGUAAUAGCCACUGGUCAGAUUGGUACCAAGCCCACUAUACACAUUUGGGACUCAGUCACCAAAGAAACACUUUCAAUUAUCCAAGGUGGCCACUCAAAAGGCGUCUGCUCUCUAGAUUUCUCCUGUACUGGUAAAAAUCUGGUUAGUGUUGGGCUGGAAGAUGAACACAAUAUAAUUGUCUGGAGGUGGCAAGAUGGAGCUAAAGUUGCUUCAGCUCCAGGUCACACGCAGAGGAUUUUCCGAGCUGAGUUUCGACCAGAUUCUGACACUCAGCUAGUUAGUGUUGGAGUGAAGCACGUCAAGUUUUGGUCCGUGGUAGGAGGGGAACUCUUAGGCAAGCGUGGUGUACUUGCUAAAACAGAUACAGUCAGCAAUCCCAAGAUGCAGACUAUGCUCUCUCUGGCAUUUGGAACUAACAACAUGACCUACACUGGUGCUCUGAGUGGUGAUGUGUAUGUGUGGCAAGAGUCAACCUUGAUACGCAUUGUGCAGAAAGCUCAUUCUGGACCUGUCUUCACCAUGUUUACCACACUCAGAGAUGGACUUAUUGUCACUGGAGGGAAAGAUAUGCCAGCUAAAGAUAAUGGGCCUGUAAAACUCUGGGACCAAGAAAUGAAGAGAUGCAAAGCUUUUCCUUUAAAAGAAACUGGAUCCAAAGCUGAUGUCGUGAAAUCAGUCUGUCGAGCUAAAGGUAAAAUAUUGGUUGGUACCAAAGACAACUGUGUGCUAGAAAUUUCUGAAAAAACUGGCACAGUGCAGAUGCUAGUGGCUGGCCAUGGAGAAGGAGAGGUGUGGGGACUGGACAGGCAUCCAACAAUGUCAAAGUUUAUCACAGCUAGUUAUGAUGGUACAGUUAGGCUGUGGGAUAUUACAACGAAGUCUCUGUCAGCCAAACUUGAUGUGACCGCAGCAAGGUCUGUAGCUUUCAGUCCUGAUGGUGAGCUUAUUGCUGUGGGUCUCAAGACAGGAGAGUUUCUUAUUUUGUCAACAACAGGCUUGAGGUUAUGGGGAAGAAAGAGAGAUAGAGCAGGAGCUAUAAAUGAUAUUAGAUUUAGCCCUAAUUCCAAAUACCUAGCUGUUGGCUCUGACGACAGUUGUGUUGAUUUCUAUGACCUGACUCAAGGUCAGACAUUAAAUCGUGCAGGUUUCUGCAGCAAGAUAACCAGCUUUAUUGUUAAUAUGGAUUUUUCUGCUGACAGCAAUUAUAUUAGGGUAUGCACAGGGGCCUAUGUGAAUCAUGUUUACAGUGUACCAAGUGGAAGUUUAAUAGAAGAUGAAAAAGUCACUGAUAAAAUUACAUGGUCAACAUGGACAAGCAUUGUUGGUCGAGAUGUUCUAGGCAUUUGGCCUUUAAACUCACAAAAAGCUGACAUCAACUGUGCCCACCUGUCACACCUGGGAAAUGCUCUGGUGACAGGAGAUGAUUUUGGUUUAGUAAAACUGUUUCAGUUCCCUUGUCCUAACAAAUUUGCAGAGUUCAAGAAAUACGCUGGGCAUUCAGCUCACGUAACUAAUGUUCGUUUCCUGUUUGAUGAUCGUUAUCUCAUUAGUACAGGGGGAGAUGAUUGCUGUGUGUUUGUAUGGAAAUGUUUGUAGACAAACCGUAACUCAAUCACGUGUUUAUAAGAUUCUCAAUCUGCAUCAGGAAUUGAUCGACUGUCUUUCAGGACAGAAGAAGCCAUGUAUAGUUUACAACAGCAUGUAUACAUUGUUUUAUUGUAAAAUAUUUUUAUGACAAUAAUUUUUAAUGUAUUCAUUUUAGUGAUUUGUGAAAAAAAAAUUAUUAUGAUAAAAAACAGUUUUCAAAUGAAACUUUACUUUUACAAAUGAUUCACUGCCAGAUUCUCAUUAUAUUGUGAACAAUUUUGUUGUAUUCCAAAACAUUCCCAAUCAAAACUGUAUUUAUUAUAUCAUUUUUACACAAAGUUAUUGACAACAUUCCAUAAACAUUAGUUCUAUUAUUCUUAAAAAUAAUUUUUCUGUAUGUUAAUUGUUCUGUGGUACAGACAUAUGUAUGUCAUAAACAUUUAUAUAAUACAUUUUGUAUUUGAUACUUUCAUUAUCAUUUUAUAGUGCAAUUGACUACACAGUUUUGUGAAUGAUACUUUUAGAUGUAAAUUGUUUGUUCAAUAGACAUAUUAUUUUUUAUAAUUAUUUAUUAUAAUUGUAAAUGAUGUAAUAGAUAUUUGUGUCUUGAGCUAUUUUAUAUUUUCAUGAUGAUGAACAUUAACAUUUUUACAUAAAGAUAUACAAAAAGGCAGCAAUGUUUUUGUAGUCUGCAUCUCUCACUGACAUAGACAUUUUUAAUCUUCACAAUUCUGUGAUCAUUUUGUAAAAUCAAAACAGGUUUUAUGUGAAUUACAUCUUUUUUGUUUUAAUUUAUGAAACAAAAAAAAAUUGUAUUUUUUUAAUACUGAACUCAGUUUAUGUAAAUUCGGCUGAGAAUAGAUCUGAUUUUUUGAUGGAUAGUAGCUGACCUUUUCAGUUAUCAGUAUAAUACAAUUGCAUUACUAUACAUUCCCACCAAAUAUAAAGUUUGUUUUGUAUUUUUUAUAUUGCAUGAAAGUUUUUUAACUUUUUUAAACUGCCAAAUAUAAUAAUAUAUAUGUCAUUGAUUUUAUUUCUCCAUGUUCUUGAUUGUCUUUAGAACAAAAAUACUUUUAAUAUUUCUUGACAAAGACUGUAGGUUGACCAAACUAUUAGUUUCAAUUUUUUUUUCUUGUUACUGAAAGUAAUCACAAUAAAAAUUAUUUAUUACUUUCAUUUAAA